UAACGGGUGACGGAUGACGGGUGACGGGUGGCGGUGCUCGGAUCUGCUUGGAUCGUCUUUGGUAGGGCGCGCGGAACGAUGCUUUUCUGGACCAAGAACUGAGUGCGCGAGUGCUCGCGGCUACGAAACUUUCGCGGUGCAUAUUAAUUGUGAGUUCUUCGUCGUCGUGUACUGACAAACGUAAACGUGACACCGAGCCGUUCCCUCGUAUUCCCUCUCGCGUUCUGUCCAAUCCGAGAUUCGUUGACAGUGGCCCGAGUAGUCCCGUGACUAUUGUUUUCUUUUUCGAAAUCAUUCGAUUAGCCGGGACUGAACUACCGAUUGACAACGACGUCGAUGUUUAACGAAAGCACCGCUGAUUUCUUGUGCUCCCACGCAAAACGGUACCCGCCAGAAUAUCGCGGCGACGACGACGACGGCGACGUCGUCGUCGAGACACGGUCGCGUCUCCCGUUACAGAUGAUCGGACAACAGCACCUGUCGAGUACCUUUCGGACAGGAUGGCAAGUACUAAGACAUCGGGUAGUGUCUUGCAAUUCAGACCUGUCGAGGUCUCGCAGAUGUUGCAGGAUGGGGAGAAGUUUGUCAAGUGGGACGAGGAUUCUGGCAUAGCCACCCCGGUUACACUACGGGUGGACAAGUUUGGAUUUUAUUUGCACUGGGUGGAUCAGCACAAUGAAAUGGAAAUGCUAGAUAUUGCUGCGAUCAGAGAUACUAGAACUGGAAAGCAUGCUAAAGUACCAAAGGACCCUAAGCUAAGAUCGCUCGUGACAAUGGGCUCUCAAGACUCUUUAGAGGAGAAGACAGUAACAGUUUGUUAUGGAUCUGAUUUUGUCAACAUGAAUUUUAUUAACUUUUGUACGACACGUGCGGAGAUCGCCCAACAUUGGACAGAUCAAAUUUUCCAGCUUGCAUACAAUCUAACUCUGCUCAACACCAGCACGACAAUGUUCUUGCAGAAAGCACACACCAAACUUACACUAACAGCCGAUAAAUCGGGAAAAAUUCCUGUGAAGAACAUAAUAAAAAUGUUUGCACAAAACAAAGAAGAUCGUAAGCGUGUCGAGAAGGCACUCGAUAUCUCUGGUUUUCCAUCUGGAAAGAACGACGUGAUAGCGUUACAAAAAUUUCAAUUUGAAGAUUUCUUCAACUUUUAUAAAUCUCUUACACAACGCUCGGAUGUCGAGAAGGUAUUUGAAAGCAUUGUAGGCAAUAACAAGCGUAGAUUAAUGUCCGUGUCGCAAUUCGUGGACUUUCUAAACAAAACCCAACGUGAUCCACGUCUGAACGAGAUAUUGUACCCUUACGCGAACGAGGCGAGGGCGAAGGACAUUAUAAGUCAAUACGAACCAAAUAAAUGUAAUGCGAAUAAGGGUCAGCUGAGCUUCGAUGGUUUCCUGAGGUAUUUAAUGAGCGAGGAUAAUCCGAUCGUUGCCACAUCAAAGCUCGAGUUAUCGGAUGACAUGGACCAACCGCUUGCGCAUUACUUUAUAAAUUCUAGUCACAAUACAUACUUAACAGGGCAUCAACUGACCGGAAAGAGUUCCGUGGAAAUAUAUCGCCAGUGUUUGCUCGCCGGUUGUCGAUGCGUGGAAUUGGACUUUUGGAAUGGAAAAUUCGACGAGCCUGUCAUUGUUCAUGGAUAUACAUUUGUACCUGAAAUCUGUGCACGAGACGUAAUCGAAGCGAUUGCUGAAAGUGCAUUCAAGACAUCAGAGUAUCCUGUUAUCCUUAGUUUUGAGAAUCACUGUAAUCCUAGACAGCAAGCUAAAAUAGCUCAGUAUUGUAGAGAAUUGUUUGGUGAGAUGUUGCUUGACGCACCAUUAGAAUCUCAUAAGUUGGAUCCCGGCCAAGAAUUACCACCACCAAAUUUAUUGAAACGCAAGAUCAUCAUUAAAAAUAAGAAGAAGCAUCACCAUCAUCAUAAGAAGCACAAGAAAAAGCAACCGGCGCAAGCGGCCGAGUCCGAGGAAGGGGCUCAAGAGAGCGAGGACAACGGAGUGACGAAUCAAGCCGUCGAAGAAGAGAACGGUCCGGCAUCGGACGUUGCGCCCAACGUUGAGAACGAUAGCAACGACCAGCAGAUUGGAAAUGGAGAUAUCAGUCAUCCCCCGAUGCUGCAACAGAGGCAAGGCAGCAAAGACAGUGCUCAGGACGAAGAUGAUGACGACGAAGAAACAAGUACCGAGGAGGAUGAAUCGAACGUGGAAGUGCCUGCAGCUGAUAAAGCGAACAAUGCCAAAGAAACGGAAGCUGGAGCGGAGAUCUCGGCGUUAGUGAAUUACGUGCAGCCUGUUCACUUCAACAGUUUCGAGUCGGCUGAAAAAAAGAAUCGUAUGUACGAGAUGUCGUCGUUCGACGAGAAACAGGCCACGACUCUUUUGAAGGAAAAGCCGUUAGAGUUUGUGAACUACAAUAAGCACCAACUGUCAAGAGUGUAUCCCGCGGGGACGCGUUUCGAUUCCAGCAAUUUUAUGCCUCAAGUAUUCUGGAACGCGGGUUGUCAGCUGGUUGCGUUGAACUAUCAGACGCUCGAUCUUGCCAUGCAAUUAAACUUGGGUAUCUUCGAGUACAAUCAACGAUGCGGCUAUCUUAUGAAACCGGAGUUCAUGAGACGAAAAGACUGCAGAUUAGAUCCUUUCGCGGAGUCAACUGUGGAUGGCAUUAUAGCUGGCACGGUCCACAUACACGUAAUAUCGGCCCAGUUUUUAACCGAUAAGAGAGUGGGCACUUAUGUGGAGGUGGACAUGUACGGUUUACCAGCGGAUACCGUGAGGAAGAAAUUCCGUACGAAGAUUGUUCCUAAUAACGGCAUCAAUCCGGUAUACGACGAAGAACCUUUCGUGUUUAAAAAGGUCGUCCUGCCCGAACUUGCUUCGCUCAGAAUUGCCGCGUACGAAGAAUCAGGACGUUUGAUCGGCCACAGAGUGUUGCCAGUGGUUGGAUUGUGUCCAGGAUAUCGACACGUUGCUCUCAGAACCGAGUCCGGCCAGCCGUUACCGUUGGCGAGUCUGUUCCUACACGUGAUCGUUAAGGAUUACGUCCCGGACGGUUUGAGCGAGUUAGCCGAAGCGUUGGCGAAUCCGAUUAAAUAUCAGAGCGAAGUGGAGAAAAGAGAGAAGCAGCUGUCGGUUCUGACGGACUGUUCGGAGGAGCUGUCGGAGGAAAUCGAUGAUAAGCCGAAAGUUAACGAGACACCAAGCUCCUCUAAACCACCUGAGGAAGCAGUGAAAACGAAGAGAUUACAAUCCGUGGGCGAGCUGCCCGCGCUGAUUCCUCCGUCUGCCAAUCUGCACGGGAGGCCAUCCAUUGCCGGUGUGAAUGCUUCCGAUACGCAAGAUAACGAAGAGGGAACUCCAGUCCCUGCGGCUCCGGUUGCAGAUACAUCCGCGAACAAGAGUCCGAUCAACGCCAGCAGCGCUAAUGAUGAAAUAAUGGCGGAGUCGUUGGAGAAGCUAAUGGAGAACAAACUGGUCAAGGAGAAAAAGCUGGAGCUCGAGAAGAAGUUGGAGUCGCUGCGGAAGAAGCACGAGAAGGAGAAGAUCAGAGUGCAGUCGCAGAAGGGGUCGAUCGACGGCGAGAAGCACAAGUCGAAGUUUUACGUUAGCCAUAAACUGGUGAAGCGUCUGUCCAGCAAAAAUAUUUCCUUUUGCAGCUUCUCGAGCGAGGUGGGGCUGAGCACCUUGGCACUGGCCGAGACCUCGGAGUGCACGGAUCUGGAGAACCGCGAAGGGAACGGCGGAGCGCCGAAGGGCCUGCCGAGAAGCCAAAGCGAACGUUUGCUGGCUGUGUGCAAGGCCCACGUUCAACAGGAACGGGAGCUCCAGGAGAAAUAUUACGAGAGCUUGUUCGCCACCGUGGAGAAAGUGAUGAAGAACUCUCAGUCUAACCAGCUGAAAACGAUGAGAGUCCUCUUCGAGCGGGAAAUCGCGGAUGUCAUGAGGAAGCUUCAGGCUAACAGACACGGAGAGGUGAAACAAUUGGCAAAGGUACAUAAAGACAAGGCGGAGUUGGAUCGCAUGAAACGGGAGGUCGCGAAGUCGACCGUGGAGAAGGGCGUGAACGAGUGUACGCGGUUGACGAAAAUCUACGAGAAAAGGAAAACGGAGCUCGUGCGCCAGCACGAAGAGGUUCGGCAGAGGCUCGACGAGGAGAGGACCAAGAUGAAGGCGACCUUGAUGGCCGAGUAUAGCAGUCGUUGCAGCAAAUACGAAAGCGGCGAAUUGCCGUUGUCUCCCUCCGGGGGAACGAGCAUGCCGGAAUCGCUCAGCGGUAACACGUAUUGAGCGACGCCGGCGGUCGAUGACUCAGUCUCGAUGUGAAAUAGCUUGAGAAUUCGCGAAUCCACGCCGGUGAACGGAUUUUGCCAGUAGCAACGUCACUGGUUCGCGAGAGUGUGACCGACAACGGGAUCGCGCAUUGCUUCUCCGGGAAAGAGGAGUUGCGCAACGGCCGCGGAUAGGGAAUUGGUGAAGUCUACGCUGUUACCUGUGUUUUUUGCUAACCAUAAUUUUUGUCCAUUUCCGUGAAACAAGAGGAGAGUUUGUUCCCGCGACGUGUACGGCAAGCAUUUAACGAGGGACUGUGUGUACGAGUACGUUCAAGACGAGAGAGAGGCCUCGUCUGUCCACGAAGCAUUUGACAAGAGAGUCCCACGCGCAAGGAGUUUCUUCUAACGACGGACGCGGUGUCCUGAUCACGGGGCGCAGCACACGGGCCGCGAUUCCCCUGAGUCCACGGCGGAAUGUUGUUGCUUCGCGGAAGGUUUUGAUCUCAACGGGAAAAGGAGAGGGACAGAGACGCGUCGCGUUUCAAGAGGACGACCGUACGCAGUAAGGCGAAGAGAUGAUUGUUCGCUCGGGUUGUUCGUUCUUUCGUUCCGAUUUUCGAUAUUACUUUUUACGCACAGUAUUAAACGCACCUGUUGUUUUCUCCAUUACGCUCGAGACCGUCGCCAGCGGAGUUUCAGUCACUUCUCUGUGCAGUUCUCCCGCGGAUAACUUCGGAAAGGCGCGCGAGAGAGUGAGUGUA